GAAACUUGUGCAUGGGUUCAUUUUCCCAUCCAACAUCAACCUGUUCAUCCACCACCGCAGAUUGCCACGACAUCCAACCCGCCUUUUCUUUUCUUUACGUCGACAACUACAACUACUACAACACACAAAGACCUACCCACCUCCACCCCGAACCAACCACAGCAAUGGCUCCCAUGAUGAUGAGGAAUCUCAUGUCACAGACGAUGCGUGUUGCCACGGCGGCAAGUCGCCUGAACAGCACCAAGCAGACGGCGUCCAGGAUACGCACGCUGGCCACUUCAAACUCUGAGUUUUUGAGUGCCGGUCCCCGCAAGGCGGAGCGCGAGUACGAGCGCGCCGUGCAGCAGGCCCGCGACGUCUUCCAGCACACACGGACCCAGCUGUCCAAGAAGAGCACCACUGCCCAGAAAGACGUCCAGGAGUCUCUGCACCAGGCCCUUCGCCAGCUCAACCACGACGUUGCCCAGGCCAAGCAGAGGUAUCUCUUUGCCACCCUGGACAAGGCCCAGGAGCUCUAAUUGGAACGCCCAAGACAGGGCCAUCCCCCCGCAACCAGAAAUCUAAUAGACAACCCGCCAACUUCAACAACAUCAAUACCAACAACAACAAGAACAAUGACGACGACACCUUCCCCCAAGUUAACACGUUCCGUUCUUUGCCCCGCUCUCCCAACUAAGACGACAACAGCAACGACCAACAACCUGCGACGAUCCCUUGUUUAGCUCUUCCCGUUUCCCCUCGUUCGUGCUUUCUCCCUUUCUCUCUUUUCUCGUUAACAACCAGCUGCUGCCGCUGCUGUUUCUUCUCUCUCGGAGAGUCCAGCAAGCCGCCCUUCGUUCGUUCUCUACCUUCGACACUGCCUUUUUUUUCUUCUUCUUCUUCUUUUGUUCCCGUUCCUUUGGCGUUUUGUGGUUGACAACCACUUCGCGCACACUCAUCAUCUCUCGAUGAUGCCUUUUUGCCUGCUAUCACGCAGUAGUGCCCGCUUGCUGUGCAUGGCUUGAUCUAUUGCUUAAUGGUGGU